UCGAUAAAUCCAAUCGUGCCCAUCACUACAAUAAACUAAAAAAGUUAUCUCUCGCGGAAAGUUAAAAAAAGAUAAAAUAAUUAACAAUGCCCGAUGCUGAACAAUUGCCCGAUGGCUGGGAGAAGCGCACAAGUCGCUCGACAGGUCUCAGCUAUUAUCUGAAUGUGCACACCAAGGAGUCGCAGUGGGAUCAGCCCACCGAGAUAGCCAAAAAAUCGGGCUCCAACGCUGCCGAUGGACCGGCCGAGGUGCAGUGCCUCCAUUUGCUUGUGAAGCACAAGGGCAGCCGUCGGCCGAGCUCGUGGCGCGAGCAACAUAUCACACGCACCAAAGAUGAGGCACAGUUGCUGCUCGAGGUCUAUCGCAACAAGAUCGUACAGCAGGAGACCACAUUCGAGGAGCUGGCCCGCUCCUGUUCCGAUUGCAGUUCGGCCAAGCGCGGCGGCGAUCUGGGCAAGUUUGGACGCGGUCAAAUGCAGCCACCCUUCGAGAAGGCCGCCUUUGCCUUGAAUGUAGGUCAACUCUCGGGAAUUGUGGAUACCGACUCGGGCCUGCACAUUAUACAGCGCAAAUCUUAGACAGCAUAAGCUUGAUGAUAAAAACAAUUUUUAAUUAAGCAGCUGCAUCAAAAAACAAAAACAAGGCGCAACAGAUAGAUGUUUAAAUUUAAGCGAACAGGCGAUAAAGUAGAAGGUAAAUUAAUGUAUGAACAGGCGAUACAGAAGAAGGUAAUUUAAAUAAUGAAAAGAAGUUAAAUCGAAGCAUGAAAAGGAGUUCCUGAUGAAGGAUAAAGGCGCUCCAUAAACUAAA